AUGGGAGAGGGAAGGCGGUGGGGGUGGGGUGGGGUGAAAGGGAUGGGAGAGGGGACGACGACGGGGUGGGGGAAAAUCGUUGGAGCGAGGUACUACAUCAGCGACAGCCCGAGAGACAAUGACGGGCACGGGAGGCACGUGGCUUCGACGGCGGCCGGGGUGGCGGUGGAGAAAGCUUCCUUCUACGACGGCCUUGCCGCGGGCACCGCCAGGGGAGGGUCGGUGGCUGCGAAGAUUGCGGUGUACAAAGUUUGUGACGAGGAUGAUUGCCCUUCCCGUAUCCUCCUCCACGCAUUUGAUGAAGCGAUCGUCGACGGUGUCCACGUCAUCUCCAUGUCAGUCGACUCUCUCCAUCUCAAGGAGUUUCUCGAGGACCCACAAGCCAUCGGUGCCUUCCACGCCGUCAAGCAUGGGAUCGCGGCCGUUUGUUAGUCGGAAACAGCGGGCCCCGGUCAUCGGCGAUGUCUAAUGAUGCGUCGUGGAUCGUGAGAGUGGCCGCCUCCACUGUGGACAGGGAUUUCCGAUCCGGCAUCCUCCUCGGUGGAGGCAAAGUUGUAAAGGUACGCCCUCAACGUUGCGUGCAAUAAUAAAAUUAAAUAUUUUAUUUACCACGAGAAAAAUAUAUAUUACCUUGGUAAGAAAAAAAAUAUAAAUUACCGAUUACCCGUAUAUGUAUUUUCCAAAAACAUAUAUAUAAAC